GCCGAUUUUGCGCAUGCGUAAACUGCGUUGCUUUUCGUGGUUGCGUGGCAUGUCGCUGGGAUUCUGCUCGCCGAUGACGAAAAAAUAACCGGGACCAAUUCUAAACAGCGUUGAAUCAACAAAUUUCCACCCCACCACAGCAUGAACCCGCAGCUGCGACCAGCGGGGGGGCAGCCCUUUGGCGAGCCCCACGUGCAGCCCCACUUGCCCCCCCUCUUUUCGGGGGCGCAUCCCGACCAGAACCCGGCCGCCCCCAAGACGUACAACGGGCACGAUGGCUUCAGUGCAGGUGCCGGCAACGUUGCUGGCUUCACUCAGGGGCCCUUUCCCCAGCAGAACAAGGGAGGCUUGCCAAACGGGCAGCCACCCCAAAUGUUGGCCAGGCAUCCCGUCCAGGGUGGACCACAGGGGCCUGGGCAUGCACAAGGCCCCACACUCGCACCAGUGCAGGGGGGAUUGCAUACACCCCUAGGGCCUAUGCAAGGGCCAAUGCUCGUGCCAGGACAACCGCCCUUGCAUGGACAUGCAGCAGCCCCUGGGAUGGCCCCACCUACUAGCCAGGCCCAAGGAGGUCCUAUGCAUGACCAGCUUGCAGGUCAAAUGGGAGGCCUGAGCCUGUCACAGAGACCCCACAUUCCCCAAGGGCCGUUGGGACCCUCCAGGGUAUCAGGAACAAAUCAACCCCCUGGCCCGCAGCAAGCCGCCCCCCAGUUCCAGCGGUAUCCUCCAGGACCCCCUUCUUUUGGAGGAGCACCGCCACAGCAACAGCAACAGCCAUACUACGGGGGCCCACCACCGGCUUCCUCACAAGGACCACCUCUGGGACCUUCCCAAGGACCUCCUCAAGGGUCUUUUCAAGGCAGUCCACAAGGACCUCCUCAGGGGCUUCCCCAGGGACCUCCCCAGGGACCUUCCCAAGGACAUCCCCAAGGACAUCCCCAAGGACCUCCCCAGGGACCUCCCCACGGGCCUCCCCAGGGGCCUCCUCAAGGGUCUCUUCAGAGUCCACCGCAAGGUUUUUCCCAGGGGCACCCUCAAGGCCUUCCACAAGGACAUCUCCAGGGUCCUCACCAGGGUUUUCCCCAGGGCCCUCUGCACGGACCACCACAAGGAAUACCUCAUGGACCACCUCAUGGUCCACCUCAAGGCCUUUCUCAUGGACCCCCACAAGGCAUGCCACAUGGGCCCCCACAUGGUCCCCCCCAUGGCCACUCCCAGGGACCCCCUCCUGGGGCUCCCUACCCUCAGGCCAAUGGUCCCGGCAGCCUGGGUCCUGGCAUGGGCUAUGGAGGUGCACCCCAAGGCUACGGGGGUCCUCAAAUGGGCCACGGGGCACAGCCCCCUCAACCGCAGCAGGCACAGCGCAAGCUUGACCCCGACCAGAUGCCCAGUCCGAUCCAAGUGAUAGAAGAUGAUCGCAAGGCACGUGGGGGUCCAUUCUACACCAGCAAGCGGGGCCUCGUGCCCCCUCUGGUAACCACCGAUUUCGUGGUGCACGACGAAGGGAUCUGCAGCCCUCGGUUUGUGCGCUCUACAGUGUACAGUGUCCCCUGCAAUCCUGACGUCUUGCGUCAGACGGCUGUACCCUUCGCUCUCUGCAUCAGCCCCUUUGCCCGACUGGCACCCGGCGAGAGUGAACUCCCCCUGAGCGACUUUGGGGAGGAAGGCCCUGUCCGGUGCAACCGGUGUAAGGCCUACAUGUGCCCACUGAUGCAGUUCAUUGAUGGGGGUAGGCGCUUCCAAUGUGUCUUCUGCAAGGGCACCACUGAAGUGCCUGCUCACUACUUCGCCCAUCUGGACCACUUGGGACAGCGGUCGGACAAGUUCCAGCGCCCGGAGCUCUGCCUCGGUUCGUACGAGGUGGUGGCCACCAGGGAGUACUGCAAGAACUCUGUGUUCCCGAACCCUCCAGCCUUUCUAUUUCUUCUGGACGUGUCGUACAACAGCGUGCGCAACGGCCUCGUACGACUCUUCUGCACGCACAUCCGCAGCAUUCUGGAUGAGCUCCCCAAAGAGGAAGGCCAGGACCGUUCCAGGGUUCGCGUGGGCUUCAUCACGUACAGCAGCGUGGUCCACUUCUACAACAUCAAGUCCAGCCUUGCCCAGCCCCAGAUGCUGGUGGUUCCAGACGUGCACGACAUGUUCGUGCCCCUGCUGGACGGCUGCCUCGUCUCAGUGGAGGAGGCUGCCAGCACCGUGGACAGCUUGCUGGAGCAGAUCCCGGGCCUGUUUGCAGACACUCGAGAAACGGACACAGUUCUGGGAUCUGCCAUUCAAGCUGGCUUAGAGGCUCUCAAGGCCGCAGAGUGUGCAGGCAAGCUGUUUGUGUUCCACACGAGCCUGCCGAUUGCGGACGCGCCGGGAAAGCUGAAGAACAGAGACGACCGCAAGCUUCUCAGCACCGACAAGGAGAAGACGAUCCUGACUCCCCAGUCGCCGUUCUACAACCAGCUGGGCCAGGAGUGCGUGGCGGCCGGCUGCUGCGUGGAUCUGUUCCUGUUCCACAAUGCAUACGUGGACAUCGCCACCAUCGGCCAGGUGGCGAAAAUGACAGGCGGUCAGGUGUACAAGUACACCUACUUCCAGAACACACAGAAUGCACAGGACAAAACAAUAAGGGAAAGUAGCACCCAGCUGCUUCAGGAGGACGUGGAGGGCAGCCGCUUCCUGGAGGACCUCCGGCGGGACGUUUCGCAGCCCGUGGCCUUUGACGCAGUGAUGCGGGUGCGCACGAGCACGGGCAUCCGCCCCACGGACUUUUACGGAAACUACUACAUGGCCAACACGACGGACGUCGAGCUGGCAGCCCUGGACUGCAACAAGUGCAUCGCCGUUGAGAUCAAGUAUGACGACAAGCUGGUGGAGGAGGAGGGGGCGUACGUGCAAGUGGCCCUGCUGUACACAACGUGCGGCGGCCAGCGCCGCUUGCGGCUGCACAACCUCUCGCUGGCCACCUGUGUCCAGAUGGCCGACAUGUACCGCAACUGUGACCUCGACACCAUGGUCAACUUCCUGGCAAAGCAGGGAGUGCGCCACCUGCUGGAGCAGGGACCCCGCCAGGUGAAGGAAGGCUGCGUGUCGAAGGCCGCCCAGAUGCUGGCGGCCUACCGCAAGCACUGCGCCAGCCCGUCCUCUUCGGGACAGCUCAUUCUGCCGGAGUGCAUGAAGCUGCUGCCCCUCUAUCUCAACUGCCUACUCAAGAGCGACGCCCUGUCUGGAGGGCCCGAGUUGACGACGGACGACCGCAGCUUUGCCAUGCUGUCCCUGUGUAGCAUGGACGUGGCCAGUACCGUGGCCUACUUCUAUCCGAGACUGCUGCCGCUGCACGACGUGGACGUGGACGCCGUAGACCUUCCCGUGGCUCUCCGCUGCACUGCCGAGAAAGUCAGGGAGGAUGGUGUCUAUCUUCUAGAAAAUGGAAUCCACAUGUUCAUGUGGAUAGGAAUGGCCGUGGACCCAGACUUUUUGCAGAAUGUGUUUGCACAACCUGUGGCUGCAAGGAUAGACAUUGACAAGACUGCCUUGCUAGAACUAAAUACGCCCAUCUCAAGGCGGGUACGGGACAUUGUGGCGAGGGUGCGAGCUGAGAGGCAACGCUGUAUGAGGCUGACGCUGGUGCGCCAGGGAGACAAGAUGGAGCUGGUAUUCCGGCAGUUCCUGGUGGAGGACCGGCACGGGGAGGCGAGUCCCUCGUACGUGGACUUCCUGUGCCACCUCCACAAGGAGAUCCGCAACCUGCUCAGCUGAGGGAAGGGCCCGCUCACCGACCGCCCCCAACACAGUACAUCCUCGAGGCGCCCACGCUGCGACGUCGAGGAAAAGCGAAGAGAGGCCGCCCACCCCCCCUACCCCUCCCCUCUUCUAAGGAAACAAAAACCAUUCUUUUACUCGGUAGUAAAGUGUACCGAGCUGGCCGUUUGCAACGCUGCUUAGCAACAUGUGCCUUGGAGCAUACCUUCACUUUACGUCUGGUUUCGUAGAAACAUUUAAAUUUGGGCGGGGUGAUCAGGUAUAUCUUUUUUUUUUUUUCUAACUAGACAGCUGCUUUUCAUCUAAAGUUUCCUUCUCUCUCUUUUCCUGGACAUCUUGUUGUGUAUCAUAAAACAGUUUAGUUUCUCCCCGCAUUCUGUGCACUUUUUUGUUUGGCCCUCGGUGCUUCUGCAUAGGGCUGCUAACUUUUAGUGCCAGGAACACUUAUAAAAUGUUUGGUUGCUUUUGCGACUUGUGCUCUCUGCGCCCAAGCUUGAGAGGUUCGGCCCGUGUACGGGGGACGGACGUGCCGAGGUUGCUGGGCCCGGAUGAAGCGAAGGUUGAUUGACAGCCGUCAACGGUUCUAGGUCCGCCUUGACUGGAAGAGUCCCUUUUUGCAGAGUCGGAGGUGUCAGCUGUUUACAAAUAAAGCCUUUGAAUCUAUUA